AUGGCGGAAUCAUCUGCAGUAAAAAUUCCCAUCUUCAAUAUUUCUGAUCCACACCUGUGGUUCCAUAUGGUCGAAGCAACUUUCCAGCUUGCGACACCGAAGCCAAUUUCAGAGAGCAAAACAAAGUUUAACUACUGCCUCGCCCAUCUUCUUCCUGAAGUAGCCGCAGUUGUAAGGGACGUCAUUAUAACUCCUAACGCAGAAGAUCCUUUCAAAAAGCUGAAAGAAGAAAUUAUUGCAUGCUGCGGGGAAACAAAGUCCCAGGAAAUUCGACGUUUACUAUCCGGAGAGCAACUAGGAGAUAGAAAGCCUAGUGAACUCUUGCGCACUAUGCAGAGAAGAGCUGAAUCCCACAAAAUCUCAGAUUCGCUACUUUUGGAACUAUUUCUAAAUCAGCUACCGCAGCAUGUUCAGUCGAUAUUGGCCACAAUCCCUUCACUAAAUUCAACAAGAGCUGCUGAAAUCGCUGAUAAAGUAAUGGAAGUGUCAACUUCAAGUGAAGCUAGCGAAGUUUCUUCAAACCAACAAUGCACAAGAAGUUAA